GCUGUCUGAACACUGCAGAAAGUUUUAACACUGGGAAAUGGCUGAACCAGCUACUAUAACCAGACCACUCAUAUCCUCCAAGAGGCACAAGAGCAUCCGAAAGAAUUCCAGGAGGAUUUAUUCCCCAUAUCAUGAUGAUAAUGGGCCGUCUGAUGACGAGGAUAAAGACGGAGAGCGAGUGGACAGUAAUGAUCCAGAGGAGAUGUUCCAGAACAUUCAGUUUCAGAAAGAAAUCAUCGCCAACAUCCGGAUCAAACCCUGGCCAAUAAGACGCAAGCUAAAAGUGCUCAAGCAAGCCAGAGAGAUUGUUCUGAAGUAUGAAGGCAGAUUGACCAGGACUCGUGGUUACCAGGCUGCUGGUGCAGAUUUGCUGAAGAAGAUUUCAAGAGUCCUAUACAACAUUGUUGUUUUAUUCAUUCCCUGGGAGAUGAGGAUUAAAAAGAUUGAAAGUCACUUUGGGUCAGGAGUGGCUUCUUACUUCAUAUUCCUGCGAUGGCUGUUUGGGAUCAAUAUAGUUCUCACUAUUAUGACUGGAGCCUUUAUUGUCCUUCCUGAGCUACUGGCCGGGGCUCCAUUUGGCACAACCCGGAGCAAAACCAUUCCUAAAGAGCACUUUGCCUCCGCACAAGACCUGGACACCAUCUGGUCGCUUGGGCCAGAAUAUGGAGAAUUCAAAAUAGCCGAAAACGUUCUUCAUCUGAUAUACAACCAAGGAAUGAUAUGGAUGGGAGCAUUUUUUUCGCCCUGCCUGCCUGCAUUUAACGUCCUGAAGCUCAUUGGUUUGAUGUACCUGCGGAGCUGGGCUGUGCUGACCUGUAAUGUUCCCCAUCAGCAGGUCUUCAAGGCCUCCAGAUCAAAUAACUUCUACCUGGCGAUGCUUCUGUUCAUGCUGUUCCUGUGUAUGUUACCCACCAUUUUUGCCAUUGUGAGAUACCGGCCGUCUCAGUACUGUGGACCUUUCAGUGGACAGGAGAAGAUUUACGACAUCAUCUCUGAAACCAUUGCCAAUGACUUCCCUCUGUGGUUCAGCAAAGUGAUGAGUUACGUCACCAGUCCUGUGGUUGUGCUGCCUGCUUUACUGCUACUCUUUAUGCUGAUCUACUACCUUCAGUCCAUCGCUAGAUCCCUCAAGUUCACCAACAGCCAGCUGAGACUGCAGCUGCAGACCGAGCGCACGGACGACAAGAAGAAAGUGUUUCAGCUAGCUGCAGCUCGUCUGCAGGCACCUGAGGGUGGGGAUAAAAACCCAGAACAAGAGAGCGACAUAACAAGUGUCGAGUCGUCGGCCCGCUCUGCCUCUCCUCCACGCCGUAAUGGCAGCGUCUCCAACUUCGAAUCUCCCAUCCGGCCGGCGGACAGCAUCCAGACUAUAACCCAGUCGGCAUCACGGUCUGAUGUUCCCAGAGCUGCCAGAGCAUCCCGGAGUCCAUCAGUUCCUGUGCGGCAGAAACACAAAGUGGAGCACGCAGCCAGUAGUGCACACAGAAUGUACAGCAGCCCCUCAGUUCCCCAAAGACAAGUACGACAGAGACAAGUGGAGUUCAUACCCAUCAGGCAUUCUGGGUACAUGGGCAGCACCAGCGGUUCCAGCCGCUCCAAGUCCUACCACAACAUGGCCUACAAUCCAUGCACGCGAUAUACAGAAAACAUCCACUCUGAUCCACUGUUUCGGAAAACCCUCCGACCGAUGCACACCGAGCCCAGCGUGAUUACGGCUCAGAGUUACGUGGGGAGACGUGCGCACACAACACGCUACGUCAUCGUCAAUGAACACGAUGCUCGCAAGAUGAUCGUGCGCACCAAUAUGCGCAUACCUAGGCAUUACCGAUUACCGGACGAACCGGAGAUCGUGGAGCUGUAUCCUCGCAAUGUAAAAUGCUACAUUCCUCGGACUCCCCACCGAAGCCACCAGCCGCAUCUUAGUGAGGAGGUAGAGGAGGAUGAAGAAGAUCCCAAGACCAGCACAAGGAGGGGAUCAAGCCGUCCGAAGUCCCUGUCGGACAUCCGUCAGACUCCACGAUUCUACAUUGGUGAUAAUGUAAACAGUCAAUUGUCAAUGGAGCAUGGUAUAUAUGGUGAUGAAGAGGAAUAUGACCAAGAAGACGAUUGGGUAAACGUGCAUCCUUGCUCUCAAACUAGCCUCCGAGGCCCAGAGUCGACUCACAGAUAUGGUGAACACUACGUCAAGCCUAAGACCAAGCAUAAAGUGGAGCCAUCGCUGACCGAGUCAGAUUCGGCAUCAUUGGCAUCAAGCAGCGACCAACAAAACAGCAGCACAGACCAGUACAUUCAGGUCAUUCACAACAAAGAGAAGUACCUGAAGCCCAGCGCAAAGAUGACCAAAAAGAAAGCCAAAAACAGUGUUACACUUAAUGUGCCUGAUGGUAACGAUCUUGUCUGCUCCAAUGUUUAAAGUGGAAAAAUGGUGAGAGAUAAUGACUCGGUCUGGGAAAUCUAAUGAACAGUCUGAUAUACAAUCCUGAUUUAUGGCCAGUUUAUACUUCUAUGUCAAGUCCAGGCAGUAGGUUUGGUGUAGUAUAAUCAAGUCCCCUCCGGAACCGGGUCACUAUUAGAAGGAAUACAGCUACGGUCAGAAGUUAACAAGAAUUAGGAAUUAAAUCCAGGUCAUGCACAACAAAGUGAAGUGCCUAAAGCGCAGUUCAAAUAUGGCCAAAAAGAAAGCCAAGUACAGUGUUAAACUCAAUGUUUGACGGUAAUGAUCUUGUCUGCUCCAAUGUUUAGAGUAGAAAAACGUUUAGCGAUAAUGACUCUGUUUGGGAAAUCUAAUGAACUGAAAGCUUGAUAUAGAGUCAGUUUAUACUUCUCUGUUGUGGUCAUGCAGAAUGGCCGGUUGAUGACAAAUCGAGUCCCUCCUGAUCGGGGUUGUUGUUAGAAGGGAUACAGCCUCAGACAGAAGUUUAUAAGAAUUAGGAAUCAAAUGCAGGUCAAUCACAACAAAGAGAAGUACCUGAAGCCCAGUGCAAAGGCGGCCAAAAAGAAAGCCAAGAACAGUGUUAAACUCAAUGUCUGAUGGUAACGAUCUUGUCUGCUCCAAUGUUUAGAGUGGGAAAAACCGUGAGAGAUAAUGACUCUGUUUGGGAAAUCUAAUGAACUGAAAGCUUGGUAUAGAGCCAAUUUAUACUUAUUAGUCGAGUCCAGGCAGUAGGUUUGGGGUGAUGACAAAUCGAGUACCUCCUGGUAUAGAGUUGUUGCAAAAGGUAUACAGCCGCGGACAGAAGUUUACAAGAAUUGGGAAUUAAAUACAGGUCAUUGACAACAAAGAGAGGCACCUGAAGCCAAGCGCAAAGGUGGCCAAAAAGAAAGCUAAGAACAUUGUUAAACUCAAUGUGUCUGAUGGUAACGAUCUUGUCUGCUUCGAUGUUUAUAGUGGAAAAACAAUAAGCGAUAAUGACUCUGUUUGGGAAAUCUAACGAACUGUCU